GACUCCCUGCUGUGUUUGUGACAGCGUGGGCCAGCGUCAGAGCCACUCUCGCCGACACAGAGUGUUGGGACUUGAGUGCUGGCAAUUUAAAGUGGAUUAUUCAGGUGCCCAUCCUGGCAGCUAUCGUGGUAAAUUUUAUUCUUUUUAUCAAUAUUAUCAGAGUCCUGGCAACCAAGCUACGAGAGACGAACGCAGGGAGGUGUGACUCCAGACAACAGUACAGGAAGCUGCUGAAAUCUACCCUCGUCCUCAUGCCUCUGUUUGGUGUUCACUAUAUUGUUUUCAUGGCUAUGCCAUACACAGACGUGUCAGGGAUUCUUUGGCAAGUUCAAAUGCACUAUGAAAUGCUCUUCAACUCUUUCCAGGGAUUUUUUGUUGCCAUCAUAUACUGUUUUUGCAAUGGAGAGGUCCAAGCAGAAAUAAAGAAAUCAUGGAGCAGAUGGACGUUAGCACUUGACUUUAAAAGGAAAGCACGAAGUGGGAGCACGACCUACAGUUACGGACCAAUGGUUUCCCACACCAGCAUCACAAAUGUAGCCACAAGAGGAGCCCUCGCCCUCCACCUCAACACGAGACUCAUACCAGGCACCCUCAAUGGACACAGGAAUUUGCCAGGUUAUGUAAAAAACGGCUCCAUUUCUGAAAACUCCAUGCCUUCUUCUGGACCAGAGCAGUACAACAAAGAUGAGGAGUACCUCAACGGCUCUGGGCUUUAUGAUGGAGACAGACCCACAGUCCUCGUUGAAGAAGAAAGAGAGACAGUGAUGUAAAGAGUGGAGGAGAGAAGAAGCAAAAGGAGGAAAAAGGUUCCUGGAGAGCAUUUAGUGGGCAAAAGAGGAGCGGGCCACGCGUGGGAUGCCAAAGGUUUCCAUCCAGUUUCUCUGUUCUGUGGAACAAGAGGUUAAGUUCUAGGG